AUGCAGCAGAGGAAGGAGGAGGAGGAGGAGGAGGCGACAAUGCAUGCACGGCCGCCGGCGCACGCCACGCGAUCUAACCCAUCGAUCUGUUUUGCAGACUACGCCGUGACGUCAGUCCCUGGAGGCUUCGCGCAUCUGCCCGUCUCCGGCCAGCCAGAGGAGGUGAGCGUGCAGACGCUGGAGGCGCUGGACGCGACGUCGGUGCGCGUGGUGUUCGCGGUGCCGCCGGUCUUCGUGGGGCUGCACGGCCGCAUCGAGCUGCGCUACACCGACGACAAGACGAACGACGACCUGUCUUCGUGGAAGCUGCAGGUGCUGGCGCCGCCGCAAGACCUGCUGGCCACGCCAACCCUCGAGUUCACGCUGGGCGACCUGCGGCCGGACACCGAGUACCGAGUCAAGAUCACCGUGCUGCUGCGCGACCUGCAGAACACGCCCAGCAGCCCCGUGCUCGUCGUGCGCACCCAACCGCUGGCGACGAGCACGCUGCCGCCCGUGGUGGCGGUGUCGCCCGACCUGUCCACCGGCGAGGUGAACACCACGUGGGCCGUCAUCACGUGGCGCCGCUUCUCCGAGAGCGAGCUGCAGCUCAUCGACGGCGUGCAGCUGCGCUACAAGCAGCUCGACGACAAGGUUUAUUCCGCUACUCCACUUAUCCACCGAGCUGUGACCAGUUACACUCUGGAGAACUUGCAGCCAUCCACCACCUACGAAGUGGGCAUCUUCUUCAUCCCUUUCCCCGGCCAAACGUCCGAGCUCCAGGCUGACGCCCCCAUUCAAAUUACCACAAAGGAAGCACAAGAUUUGUACAAAUUCGAGGUGCAUGUCGAGGUCCACCACAUCAAGGUUACAUCAGUGGAAGUGAACUGGACGGGCGUACCUUAUCCCGAAGACAAGUAUGUCAAUAUCUACCGUGCCAUUUACCAGAGCGACUCCGGAAAGGAAGACUUUAGCACCUUCACAGUGGCCAAGAGGGACUCGACGUCGUCGACACUCAUCAAAGACCUUGCACCAGGAACAAGGUACCGAUUAUGGCUCGAGGUGUACCUGACGAACGGAAAAAUCAAGAAGAGUAACGUACAAGAUUUCAGCACGCGCCCAGGGUCUGUGGCGUCUGUGGGUAGCUCCCACCAAGGCAAACUGGAGAGCGCCGCGUCGCCGGUAAAGGAGGCGGCCGACUACUACAGCCCUCUGGUGGCCGUGGCCAUCUUGGCGGCGCUCGCCAUUAUGGCCACUCUCAUCCUGCUGCUCAUGUUAAUGAAGCGGCGCGGCCAGACCAAGGCGGCCAUCUCGGCGGGUCGCAAGAGCCAAUCCGCCUACGACAAUCCGUCUUAUAAGACUUGUGAGGAGCAGCAACCGGCGGCCAACGGCAACGGCAGCGCGGCCAAGGCCCCGCCCACGCCCGCCUCCGCCUCCGCCCCCGCGCCCGCGCCGGCGCCCGAGCCGGCGUAAGCGCGCGCCGCGCCGACCGCGUGCGCGUCGCGCCGACGCGCGGCCAGUGCAGUGCGCCAGUGCGGGAGGGCGAGCUAGCGCCCGUCGGAUGGACAGAGCCCGGCGCCCCCCGAAAGGGCACCGGGACCCCGAGCGAGUGCAGCGAGUGACGGGGUCGGCCCCCAACUCCCCCCCCUCCCGGAAGUGACGGCGGGGGCCUUUGACGCGCAGACACGAUUACCUCUCUGAUCGUCAACUUCUUCCUCAGUUGGCGCUUCGCUGCAUUUCGUUCUCCGCGAGCAUACAUUUUAUGCUUUGCUCAACCAGAAAUGAGAUUCUUUUACUGUCGAAACAACAGGUCAAAAGUAAAACGUCUCUAACUCUUAUUUUUAUGAAUACGCACCGAUUUGUCUCCGCUCAUUUGAUACAAUUUCAGAACUCAAAAUCGCGAAUUGUUGUUGAGACGUUAUUUACGUUUCGACAAAUACACAGCUCCAGUUGAUACAACAUCGAUAUAAUUGAGUAUCGACUCACCGCUCUCUCACGCAAAAAUGGUCGUAAUUACAUAGAUCAAUGGAACCUCGAUUUUUUAUUACGUACUCAUUACUGUGAAAUUUUGAUUUAAAUCAUUGUAAAAGAGAUAGGUUUAGAGACAUCAUGGUAUCGACACCUAUUGCAGUGGUGUUAUCGAGUUUGUAGUCCGAAUUAUAAGAGAAAGGUCUGAUUUUAAAAAAAUAAUAAAAUAAUUGAACGCAUUUGGGUUCUUGAAAUGCAGCAGAAUUGCAAUUUAUUUCCAAUUCAGAAAGUUAAUUGUGUCCAAGUCAAAGGGUUUUUUGGUGUCUAGUUCUUCGUGAACUGAAGACUCUCGCCCCGUUUUUCGACGUUAAUAUAAUUUUAUAUACAUAGUUCAAAACAAAAUUGUUAAUUCAUACGCCUGAAAAUCAAAUUCGGAACCUUCAGUGGUGUUAAGGUUCUAUGAUAGGGAAGGUCUGGUUCCUAGUCUUCGACACGCCCCAGCCUUCCAGUUACUAACAUCUCCAGGGCUGUGUCACAGUCAGCAGCACCGACAACAUCAAACAAAAGCCGAAAGGUGUCUAAUAUCGAGUGAUACAGGUUUAUUUAGUGACCUGCCACGAAAUAAAAGUGCUCCGUUUAAUUGGUGGAGAAUUCCACAAACCUUAUUGUAUGACCAUGUUACCCCAUAAUUGUACAUACUGGAAAAAUGUAACGUAUCACUCAGGAACAUACCAGAGUUUUCUAUACAUAUCUAAUACCUAUCUUAAUAAUACUUAUUGUAUGGAACAUAGAGAGUGUGUGCCAUUUCCUGUAACUCUGUACAGUUCACUACCACAAUCUAUUCUUCUGGAAUGGACCACAUAUGAGAAACCAAUGUUAACAUAUUCAAAUGGAUUUAUUUAUACCUAUGUUCAUGUUUCAUAUUUCCUUCAAUAAACUGUACUUUUUC